AUGACCACCAAAACGCAUCCUGCGCUGCGCAUCCAUGCCCGCGAGAAGCUCCAGCUUGAUAACAUUCCUUCUUUACCUUGCGGACCCAAUGAAGUUCGACUCAAGAUUGCCUACUGUGGGAUUUGCGGCUCAGACAUUCAUGAAUAUCAGGCACUCCCGAUCUUUGCUCCGCCACCUGGUGGCAAGCAUCAUGCUACGGGAGUUGAACUUCCCGUGGUCAUGGGCCACGAAAUGUCGGGCACUGUGACAGAGGUUGGAUCAGCAGUCCGAAACCUGGAGCUCGGCCAAAACGUGGCGGUCUGUCCCUCGUUGGACGAUCGAUCCUACAAUGAGCCCCCGUGCUCAUCUUGUCGCAGGGGCAAGGUCAAUAUCUGCAAGCGCUUUGCCACCUAUGGCCUGAGUGCCUGGGGAGGAGGGUUCUCGACUGAGAUCGUGGUCAAGGACUUCAAUUGCUUCCCUCUUCCAAGUUCGGUGUCACUAAAAGUGGGUGCCCUGACCGAGCCUCUCGCUGUCGCCUGGCACAGCAUUCGGACAUCGGGAUUCCAGAAAGGUCAGACGGCACUCAUUCUUGGCGCAGGUCCCAUCGGGCUUGCCAUUUUGCUCUUACUCAAAGUCUGGGACGCCAGUAAGGUGGUCGUGACAGAAGUCACGGAAGCGAGACAGCUACAAGCACAAAAGUUCGGUGCUGACCUGGUUAUCAAUCCUCUACAAAAGCCCGCAGGCGGCUCAAGCGAGGCACCUCCAGAUCCCGUGGUGGAUGCCAUCCGGACCUUCUCUGAAGACGGUGUUGACGUUGCCUUUGACGCAACUGGCCUCCAAUCGACCUUGGACACGGCACUGGCAGCCACGCGACCCGGAGGGACUAUUUUCAACGUCGCGAUACACGAGAAACCGCUAUCCUUGAACCUAAACGACAUUGGAUUUCUUGAGAAACGCCUCCUUGGGGGAAUCUGCUAUACUAAGGAAGACUAUGAACAAGUGAUCAACGCGAUGGAGUCUGGGAAGAUUCCAUUUGAGCAGAUGAUUACUUCAGUUGUGCCUCUGACAAAUGCAAUCGAGGGCGGUUUCAUGGAGCUUAUCCGGAACAAAGCGAAGCAUGUCAAGAUCUUGAUCCAGCCAGAGGAAGACUAG